AGAUGCCGGUUCGGCAUCUUGAGUUCGUCAUGAAUUAUAUGCAUGUCAGUCAGUUUAAGAUGAAGGAGAGGUGUCGAGUUGUAUAGAGGCAGCAGCUCAUCGCUUUGCCUUGUGUGUUUUUUGAGAAGGUCCGCAGAUUCAUUCAUCCAUUCGCAUUAACCCACGGACGUCAAAAUGGCCCAACAUAUUCCUCCAGGCGGCGUAUGGUGCCCCGCCGCUACCUUUUUCAACCCAGAAACGGAUGAACUAGACCUAGAAUCGCAAGCUUCCUAUUAUUCGUACCUGUCGCGAACGGGGCUGGCUGGUCUAGUCAUCCUAGGCACAAAUGCUGAAGCGUUUCUGUUGACGCGCGAAGAGCGUAAAGCUUUGAUAGCUACAGCUCGCAAGGCGAUUGGCCCCGACUUCCCUAUCAUGGCGGGAUGCGGAGCGCAUUCUACCAAGCAGGUGCUCGAGCUCAUCAGUGAUGCGGCAGAGGCCGGAGCCAACUCCACCUUAGUCCUACCGCCUGCGUACUUCGGAAAGGCAACGACGCCAGAGGUUAUCGAGAGGUUUUAUGGCGAUGUGUCUAAGGCCAGCAAACUUCCGAUUGUUAUUUACAACUUUCCGGGAGUGUGCAAUGGUGUAGACUUGGGUUCGGAUAUUAUUACCAAAUUGGCUAACAAGUACCCGAAUAUCGUCGGAACGAAGCUUACAUGCGGUUCGGUAGCCAAGAUCACUCGCUUAGCUGCCGCUCUCCCUAAUUUCGCGACGUUCGGUGGUCAAUCCGAUUUCAUUAUUGGAGGAUUGAGUUCCGGGUCGGUUGGAUGCAUCGCGGCUUUCGCGAAUGUAGCUCCGAAGACAAUUGUCAGAAUUUACGACCUCUACCGGGAAGGAAAAUACCAAGAGGCCAUGGAAUUGCACAAGAAGGCCGCCUUAGCAGAGCAGUACAUCAAGGCGGGAAUUGGCGCGACAAAGUUCGCUGCUGCCAUACGGACUGCGACUGCGGCAGGUAUUACCGAUCCGAUCACUAAAUUACAGCCUAGAACUCCUUAUAUCGGUCCAACAGAUGCCGCUAAGGAAGCCAUAAGAAAUGGCACGGAGGAGAUCGCAAAGAUUGAGGCCGGCUUACCUCUCCGAUCACAAUUGUGA